AUGCCUGUCGGCGCCAUCUUGGCCAACGUUUCCACCUUUACGGAUAUUGAUCCGCUGGAGGCGUGGUGGAACGCUACUGCGAGCUAUCGCUACCGUUUCAGUCCCACUGCCCAGUACUACACUGCCGUGGGAAUCUAUUGGCAGGCGGCCACAUCGGAUCUCGCCUUGUACACGUUGCCACCCUUGCCAAUCAUCUUGAUCGCCAUGAAUAUCCUAGGCGAGACGGAUAAGGCCGACGGCCCGACCUCUUGUGGCGUGCUAUUGAUCACGUCUGGCAUUGAGCAAGGCCUCAUGAUCAUUCUGGGUAGCAUCUAA